AGAUCUUUCAGGCACACCUUAGUAAGUAAGCAUGGACGAUGUUGGCCAAUUUCAUCAUCCAAUGACUAAUUGACGGUUUGCCUUAUCAGGUGCACUGAUGAGAGAGGUUGUAAGUGAGACAAAGGUGUCAUUCGACUUUGCCGAUGCCCCGAUACUGUGUGGAGGGUCCUCGUCAUUAAAUGAGCGAGCUGUGCACAGUUUCUUCGACACCACGACUGCUGAUGAAAUGCGCAUGGCGCAUGAUUGGCUAGCCAAAAAGCUCACCGCUCACGGCCCAUAUGAUGGUGUGAUAGGCUUCUGCCAGGGAGCUACGGUAGCAUCGAGCUAUCUACAAUUCUACCAGUGGCAAAACUACCAGGAUGAGAUACCGUUCCGGUUCGCCAUCUUCAUCAGUGGCAGCCUCUCGCUAGCAGUGCUCCAGACGCUUGGGGCCCCGAUCCCGGACGCUGCAAAACGUGUGGUGGAAGAGACAGACCUCCGUCGCCAAGCAGACCUAGGCUCAGCGGCAACACACGUCUCACUGGCACGGCAGGCCAUGUUCAACUCGGACGACUGCUUCGGACUGAACUUGAACAGGAUACCGCGCGAGUUGAAGAUCAGGAUUCCGACAGUGCAUAUCUGGGGAAUGGGCGAUCCGGGCUUCCCAACUUCCAUCCACCUCGCGAGUAUAUGUGAUCCGUACCUGAGGAAGACCUAUACACAUAGUGGUGGGCACGAGGUGCCUCAAGGAACCGAGAACACACGACGAAUGGGCGACUUGAUCCUAUGGUGCAUGGAGCGAGCCACCUGGCCAGGUGAUCGACGGGAACCUAUGAAACCGAAAAAAGAAAUUAUGAAUAGAUGAGAUGAAAGAAAGGGCGAAU